GUUAAUUACCGCUCGGCUGCUCGUACUUUCCUUUCCUCGGUGUGACCGGACACCGGCACCUGUCCGCGAGCAGGGAAUCCCAGCAGCUGAUUGGCCAACGCUGGUUUUAACACGUCAUGCGGGAUCCUCAGUAUAACUAACAUGAGGAUCGAGUCAGAGCUUCACAGCCUUGUUCGGUGGAGACGUGCACGUGUCGACGACCUCAGAAAAUAACAACAUGUCUCUACAUGAAAACACAGCAGACAGGCCGCCUGUGGAGAGAUCACAGGCUGGUGAAACAGUCGCCACAGACAGAAAACAGACCUACAGACUGUAUCCAUCACUGCCAAACAUAAACAGGUAUGAGGUUUGUGUGCCGACCUGCUCCGUGAGAGAAAAGCUGCACACGGCUGCACUUCAUCAUCCCGACAGCCUGCUGGGAGACCAUCAGGGAGAAGCGUCGGCCGGCAGCGCUGACGUCAGAAUGAAAGAUCAGAUACUCAUCUUGGAGGGGCAAAGGCAAGAGCUCCUUUCUAUUAAUGAGAAAUGGGCAAAGGAGUACCGAACCAUGAAACAGUACUACAAAGAGCAGCUCCAGGAUUUAAAGGCGUUGCUGCAACACGAGCCCAGUCACUUUGAAGAGGAGACGUGUGAGGAAAGAGGGAAGAGCAUCACGCCAUGUAAGAAAGUCAGGGACAAAGAGAGCACAUGGGCCGGAGAUGUUGACAUCAGCUCCGAGUUGCUAAAAGCUGAAAAGGAGGCGAAGGAGCUGAGAGCGCAGAACAGCACUCUGACCCGCAGGUGGCAGCAUCAGCGCGAGGAGAUCAAACGACUCAACAAGGCUCUAGUGGAGGCACUUCAGCCUACGCAACCUCUCGACAGGAGCAGCGAAACACUACAGGAUGUCUGGAAACAUCAGGCUGAAGUCUACAAGGAGGACUUCUUGAAGGAGCGGAGGGACAGGGAGACGCUCAAGGACAAAUAUCUGGAACUAGAGAAGAAGUUUAGAAAAGUUUACAGCGAGCUUUGUGUCUUCAAACCUCAGGUGCCUAAGACUCUGCCACCACAGCCUGUACUUCAGUGUACCUGCACAAACAGAGCCAAGAUGUCCAAACCGGGAGGUCCGCCCAGUUAACCAGCAGCACACGCAGUUACAAAGACGUUAACAAACUGUGAAAUGCCACAGCCUCCUGCUCUUUGUGUGAUAAUGUACGUUGCACUUUAUGGAAGUCUCAGGUCAGAGCUCAUCAUUAGCAGACUUAGCUAGUUUAUCAGCCAGGACAGCAUCCAGGAAGUGGGCUCUGCUUCAGUCCUCGGCCGACGGUCUGCUGCAGGUCAAGCUUCAGGUAGCUUUUGUUGUGGCCGUAGCGAGGCCAUUCCACCAAUCCGGGCACUUUAGGCGACCUGUGUGGAGGAAGCAAACAAAAAACACUUAACCUGCGAAACAAAAACAAGAACCUCAAGUUUAAAGUUUCCCAAGAGGAGAAAAACCAGCAGAGUGACCUUUAAUACUCUACCCCUUGCGUGCAAAGCUUUGGGACACAUGUCCUUUGGGAGAUGGCAGUUAUUGCACAGCCCAAACACUAUUGACAGGGAUAAUGUUUGUGAAAGGAGCAAAAUGAAUGAGGCCUCUUCCUGUUUCCAGUACCUGUGACCACAAUGUGGCCGGUAAGAAGACUCUGUCAGGAGGAUGGAAACUGCACGGGUAUGCAGACACUUUAAGAAGGGGGGAUACUUCGUCAUUCUGUCGCAGGCAUUCAUUUAGUAUCAGUUCAUUUACACCUGAGGCCUGUCAAAGAGGAAAUAAAGGGUUCUGGGAGAAGAGGAAAAAGUACAUGGGAAGUUAUUUUUACAGUCGACUUGUGAAUGUUUGAAGAUAUUUGCUGGAACAUAUUCUUCCUGUUUCUGGUUUAUUUAUGAUUGAAAUAAAGCACUGCAUGUGUGUUGA